CUGGAAACUAUUGAGUUUUUAUCUUCUCCAACAAAACAAAGUUUUGUAUAAUAUUUUUUUAUUAAAAUAGGUAUCUAGACAUAAAAUUAAAAAAUACUGUUUUUUUUCUUUAAAAGAGAACUGCCUCCAGUGUAUCAAUAUGCAAGAAACUAUGAUACAAAAAGACUUGACCAAGUUGGAUCUAUCAAAGGUCGCCGCACUUCAACAGAAAAGAACAUUAGCUUUUGUAAACCAUUUUGCUAUCACUACAGUCCAGUUCCUAAAUAAUUUUAUGAAAAACUGCGAACAAAAACUAAUGCAUUUUGAAAGGAAAUUGGAGAAAGUUGAAGCAGCUAUGGUGCUGUUAGAAGCAAGAUUAUCCUCAAUACCCGAAGUUAACAGUGUAAAGGAGGUUGAAAAACCACCAGAAGACUCUUCUUCAGAUUCCAAACCAGAGCCUUCACCAGAAACUCAAGAGACUGAACAGAGCCCACCACAGACUAGGCCCGAAUACGACAGGUUUAUAAAGAUGGUCCAGGUCGGUGUGCCUUUGCAGGCUGUGAAGCUGAAAGUAUCCAUGGAAGGGUUAGACCCUGAUAUUUUUGAGCAGAUUAUAAAUAAAUGAAUAUUUACAA